CCCUUGUAACAUAUUCAAAACUAAUCAUUUUAGGUGCCAUUUUCAUCUCCUCUCACCCUAGCUCUCUCUCUCUUUUCUCCUCCCUGAGAUAUAUGGACACAGUUCACACAGGCUCCAUUGGAGCAGUGCAUGGAGAACACACCAAAGAAGCUCAAGCAUUUUCCACCACCACCAACACCACCAACGACCAUCACAAACAACCACUUGAUGCCGGUGCUCUUUUUGUUCUCAAGUCCAAAGGGUCAUGGUGGCAUAGCGGAUAUCAUUUGACGACGUCCAUUGUAGCACCGCCGUUGUUAAGUCUACCAUUUGCAUUUGCAUCACUAGGAUGGAUUGCCGGAGUUUUGUCGUUGGUGAUUGGAGCAUUGGUGACCUUCUAUUCAUAUAACCUUAUUUCUCUCGUUCUUGAGCACCACGCCGAGUUGGGUCAUCGCCAUCUACGAUUUCGUGACAUGGCAUACGAUAUUUUAGGCCCAGGAUGGGGUAGAUACUAUGUGGGCCCAAUCCAGUUCAUGGUCUGCUAUGGUGCGGUGGUGGGCCAAUGUCUUUUGGGAGGUCAAUGCCUCAAGGCAAUAUACGUGCUAUGGAAUCCAGAUGGAACAAUGAAGCUAUACGAAUUUGUGGUUAUAUUUGGGGCUCUAAUGUUAAUUUUAGCACAAGUUCCAUCAUUCCAUUCCCUCCGUCAUAUCAACCUCAUUUCUUUAGUCUUGUGUCUUCUUUACAGUGCCUCUGCUACUGCUGCUUCUAUAUAUAUAGGGAAUUCUUCUAAAGGACCUCAUAAAAACUACUCCUUAAGCAACAAUGUUGAAACACGAAUUUUUGGAAUCUUUAAUGCAAUUGCGAUUAUUGCCACCACUUUUGGAAAUGGCAUCAUUCCAGAAAUACAAGCAACACUUGCGCCACCGGUUAAGGGGAAGAUGUUUAAGGGCUUAUGUGUUUGCUACACAGUGGUUAUAGUAACAUUCUUUAGCGUUGCGGUUUCUGGGUACUGGGCUUUUGGUAACGAAUCCGCGGGGCUCGUUUUAAGCAACUUUAUUGACCAUGAUGGUAACCCACUGGUUCCAAGAUGGUUCAUUAUGAUGAUUAACAUCUUUACCAUACUCCAACUCUCAGCUGUUGCAGUGGUUUACUUGCAACCAACAAACGAAGUUCUUGAAAGAGCAUUUGCGGAUCCAACAAGGAGUGAAUUCUCAGCAAGAAAUGUGAUUCCGAGAGUGAUUUCAAGAUCAAUGUCUGUGAUCUUGGCAACAACAAUAGCAGCAAUGUUGCCUUUUUUUGGAGAUAUUAAUGCAAUGAUAGGAGCCUUCGGGUUCUUGCCACUUGAUUUUGUGUUACCGGCGGUGUUUUAUAAUCUUACAUUUAAGCCAUCAAAGCAUAAUGCCUUGUUUUGGUUAAACUCGAGCAUAGCGGUGAUAUUCUCGGUGGUCGGAGUUACAGCGGCGGUUGCAGCCGUAAGACAAAUUAGUCUAGAUGCCAAGACUUAUAAAUUGUUUGCUAACGUAUGAUCUCAUUUUUUUUCUAACGAGAUUGCGUAAACUAUGUACAAUUAUUUCUAUAGAUAUACUGAAAAGAGUCAUGGUUUGAA